AUGAGGCCAAAAUUCUGGGGGCGCUCGCGCUCGCCCUCGGGCUGCAGACGCCGCCCCCGCACGGCUGCACGCAUCAGCAUCAAGCGCGCCGGCCUGGAAGCGACGCCGCCCCGGCGCGCGUUCGGCUAUUUAUUCUCGCCAUCUCGGCCCGCCGGGCGGAUUCAUUUCCUGGGCAAGUCUUCACGAUUCCAUAAGCAAGAUGGCGGCCGGGCUAUAAUCUGGCAGGAAACGAGCUCCGGGCGCGCUGGAAAUGGAAAACAAAGGCACGCAGGCAGGAGGCGCCCCGCGCGGGCCGGCCGCUGCCCGCCGCCGCCGCCGCCGCCGCCGCCGCCGCCGCCAGCGGCAGUAUAUCUGCCGUCUUUGCGGCCCGGACCUGCCGGAGGCGGAGGACGCGCACCCACCGCCGCCGCCGCCGCCGCCGCCGCCGAAUUAACGAUUUACUCCAUUUCCUUAACUCGGCGGCGAUCGCGGCUCCGCCCGGGCGCCGUCACCGUUCCCUACCUCCCUCGCUUAUUCUGCAGGCCCCCUCGUACCUCCCUUCGGAACGGGACGGCUAUUUUACCGAAAUAUAAUUAUCCCAUCGCGACAAGUGGAAUUGGAUUCCUCUGCUCGCCUGUCGCCGCGGAGGCUGAAAAUGGAAAAGAUUAG